AUGAUAAAUGACAUCAUUUUAAUCGAUAGGGAACAUGUAAAAACCCCGAGCGAAGAAAAAAAUGUCGCGAAAAAUGACGAAACGAAAUUGAGAAUAUACGGCUGUCAGUUGAUACAGGAGGCUGGCAUCAUUUUAAAGCGCAAAGCUGUGACAGUGGCCACUGCCCAAGUUUUGUUCCACCGCUUUUACUUUAAAAAGUCCCUAACCGAUUUUGACGUGAAGAUCAUCGCGCCCUCAUCGCUCUACUUAGCUUGCAAGCUGGAAGAAGACUUUUGCCGUGUGUACAAAAUAAUCAGCGCCUUUUAUUUCCUGUACAAAUAUGAGGACUUAAGAAGCAAGCACUACUAUUACAACGUGAAAAACGUCAAGGUGGAGCAUUUCAGGAUAGACGCAGAAUCGAUGGAAUACAAAAACAUGAAAGUCGAAGUUUUCACGUACGAACUUUUGAUUUUAAAAGAGAUGGGAUUUUUGGUUCACAAAAUAAAUCAGCACCCCCACUUAUUUCUCCUUCCCUACGUACAUUCCCUUUUUAACAAUUUAAAUAAAUUUGAUGAAGACUUGACGAAAAAGCUGGCCCAAAUUUCGUGGGGCUUUUUAAAUGACAGCAUGCGAACAACCCUGUGCUGCGAGUACCAACCGCGCUGUAUCGCAGUCGCGAGCAUUUUCCUGGCCGCACACAAGUUGAACAUUCCGCUAAUUCGGAGCACCAACUGGUUCGCACUAUUUGACGUUGAAUAUGAAGAAAUAAAAAAAAUUUGCAUCAAAAUUUUGCAGCUCUACAAAAUAGGACGUUGCCAUUAUAUAGACGUUUUGAAUAAGGAAAAAUAG